GCUGCUCCUCGCGCUCAGCUCUCGGGAUCAGGGGGACCGUUGGCGGACAGAGCAUGCGUGGCGGCCGCGUGUGUGCGCGUGGAGCGGGUCCGAGCGGCGAAUCAAAGAGGAGAGCGACGCUCUGAGACUUUUUCCCACUUUAAAGCGUUUCUGUACACGCGCGGCACACGUGGACGUCCGUGACCCCGCCGCGUGGCUCCGGUGCGUACGGCCCGUUCUUCGGGCUCCCCGGCUGCCCCCCUCCCCCGCAUGUCCUCCCGCGGCUCGGCCUGACCCCUCUCUGAGCGCGCGCACGGCUCUGGGAGCAGCAUGGCGGCGGGAGUGGCCGCGUGGCUGCCGUUCGCACGCGCGGCGGCUAUUGGCUGGAUGCCGGUGGCCAGCGCGCCCAUGCCGUUGCCGCCACAGGAGAAGCGGCGCACGAAGGACGGGCUGCUGGUGCUAAACGUGAGCGGCACGAGGUUCCAGACAUGGCGGGACACGCUGGAGCGCUACCCGGACACCCUGCUGGGCAGCACAGAGCGAGACUUCUUCUUCCACGAGGAGACCAACGAGUUCUUCUUUGACCGUGACCCGGACAUCUUCCGUCACAUCCUCAACUUUUACCGAACUGGGAAGCUGCACUACCCCCGGCAGGAGUGCAUUGCGGCGUAUGACGAGGAGCUGGCGUUCUUCGGCAUCGUCCCUGAGAUCAUCGGGGACUGCUGCUACGAGGACUACAAGGACCGGCGGCGCGAGAACCAGGAGCGCAUCCAGGACGAUGAGGACAUCGAGCAGUCCAAUGAGCCGGUGCCCGUGGACAUGAGCUUCCGGGAGAGCAUGUGGCGUGCCUUCGAGAACCCACACACAUCCACCAUGGCUCUGGUCUUCUACUAUGUCACUGGGUUCUUCAUCGCAGUGUCGGUGCUCGCCAAUGUGGUGGAGACGGUCCCGUGUGGCACCGCGCCCAACCGUGUCAAGGUGAUGUCGUGCGGUGAGCGGUACGAGCUGGCCUUCUUCUGCCUGGACACCGCAUGUGUCAUGAUCUUCACCGUGGAGUACCUGCUCCGCCUGCUGGCCGCUCCCAGUCGCUACAAGUUUGUGAAGAGCGUGAUGAGCAUCAUCGACGUGGUGGCUAUCAUGCCGUACUACAUUGGCCUGGUCAUGACCGACAACGAGGACGUGAGUGGUGCCUUCGUCACACUACGCGUUUUCCGGGUGUUUCGGAUUUUCAAGUUCUCGCGGCACUCUGCGGGACUUCGCAUCCUGGGCUACACGCUGAAGAGCUGCGCCUCGGAACUCGGCUUCCUGCUCUUCUCGCUCACCAUGGCCAUCAUCAUCUUCGCCACUGUCAUGUUCUACGCCGAGAAGGGCAUGUCUGGGAGCAAGUUCACCAGCAUCCCUGCAGCUUUCUGGUACACCAUCGUGACCAUGACGACGCUGGGAUAUGGUGACAUGGUACCAAAGACCAUUAUGGGGAAGAUCUUUGGUUCCAUCUGCUCUUUGAGUGGCGUGUUGGUCAUCGCCCUGCCGGUCCCCGUCAUCGUGUCCAACUUCAGCCGAAUCUACCACCAGAGCCAGCGAGCCGAGAAGAGAAGAGCGCAAAAGGCAUCCAAAGAAGCAGGACAGGCGCUGGUGUGUAAGGCCAACCCUAACUUCGAGGUGCAUCAUCAUCAUCUCUUGAACUGCCUGGAAAAGACCACGAAUCACGAGUUUGUAGAUGAGAAGACGUAUGAGGCGAGCUGCAAGGAUGUUACGCUGCUGAAGCAGGUUUCUUGCUCUUCCUCCAUCUCCUCCUCUUCAACUCAUGGCCUCAGCUCCUGUUGUGGCCGCAGGAAGAGGAAGACCUUCAACGUCCCAAACUCCAACAUGUCUGUGGGUCUGCAGGGCAGUCUCCAGGAGCUGAGCACCAUCCAGAUCAGGGAGCGACCGCUUACCAACAGUCGUUCCAGUCGAUCCAGUCUCAAUGCCAAAUUUGAAGAGACGGUUCCUCUAAACUGUGACCAACCCUACAUCACCUCCGCUAUCAUCAGCAUGCCCACACCACCUGGCACCACCCCUGAAGGUGAUGAAUCUACCAGCUCCACUGACUACUCCCAGGCCAACAUUGUGCGGGUGUCUGCACUUUAGGCCCCAAAAAGACUCUCCCACACAGCCACCCACUGCGCUGGAAGACGGCGGGCGUUGGCGGUCUACAGCUUGAACCACAACAGACUCAGAGUAGGCUUUGGUAGCUGCAUCAUGUGUCCAUAAUGGAAGUGAUGGGUUAACUUAAAUGCUUCAGACCUGCCGUGGAGAAGCAGGUCUACAGGUCACACUAAAACUGACUCUGAUUUGGACUGCAGUUGUUUAUUGUUCUCUCUUUUUCUUCUGGGAGGAUUUUUCCGCUGGUAAAAUAGUAGCAGCCUGAUUGAAGGUGAAUCUCUGCUUCUUUCUGAGAGGUCAUCACCACCACCAACGUAUCUUUGUCCUGAAUGGUGGCUUAGCGAGCCAGCGCAAUGAGAAUUGGAUCAUUCUGAAAUAUGUUUAGCACAAAGACUGGCAGCUGGGGUCAACGCUUCACAUUCAUUAUAUGUUGUAUCCUCUCAGUCAGUUACUAGUCCAUGUAGCUGCAUUUGACUUUCUGGAGCUGGACUUUAGGAUCAGAAGCUCAAUCUGAGCUAACCAGACUUGUGUUUUAAUCAUGCUUUAACCUUUUAAAUUACCUGCAUUGCUUUCAUAUUAGGUCUACCGUACUCCUUUGAAAGAUAAUGUAGAAAAUACAUAAGGCAUCAGACACAUUUUCAGCUUUUGGUUUAGGCUCAGAGGUCCUCAGCUGAUUUUAACUUUAUCUCCAAUCACUGGAAUUCACUUAGCUGGGCUUCGAGUCUUUGUUCUAAGUUAGACUAAACCUGUCCCAGUAGAAACCAGGUUGAGAUGGAUGGUGACGGAGGGUUUAUCUUCACACUGUCACACUUCUGAACCUGACAGACCCUCUGUGUUUGUAGAAAAUGUUCUGAGGACAUGUUGAAGGUUGGGACUCGCCAUCUGUUUUGCAGUCUUCUGCGUCUCUUUUAUAAGUACAUAUUUAUCCUGGGUGGAGGCUGUUUGUCGCUGAAGACUUUAGCGUUUGUCCUAUCAUGGGUGGGACAUGUUUAACUCCUGCACCAUCAAUGUGGUGAAAACUCAGCAGCAGAUAUUUACAGCCUGCACCCAGUGAUGAAAUAUAUCAUGUAAAUUCAUUAUUAUCAUUAUUAUUAUCAUGUUAUUUUCUUUCAAUCAUCAUCAUAAUUUUUGUUAUUAUUAUUUAUCAGUGGUGGUGAAUGGGAAAGGUUAUCUUGAGGUGUAAGUGCUUAAACAAUGAAAUUAUCUGUUUUUUGUUUUUUUUUAAAUUUCAUUUCUUGGAUUUUAUUUGUUAGAUUUUUAAUUAUCUUUUAAAUCUUGUUUUCAUUUUUUGAAAUAAUGAUAUAUUUCCUUUUACCCCACGUCAGUAGUUUGUGAUCUGCUGGCUACAGCCCUGAACAUGUGAGUGCUCCACAGUGUGUUAGCCACAAACAGUGGGCGGGGCUUUUCUUCUAAAAACAUGUGGACGAUUUGUAUUUGCAGCCGUCUGAAGAAGAAGACGAUGAGGAAAACAGUGAGCAUGCUCAUUAUCUGUGUGUUCCUGUCCACGGAUCCGUGUGUUUCCAUGAAAGCCAGGACGCUCCUCUGCAUGCACAUCUGGCUGGUGGUGUGAGCAGUUCGGGUUCUAGUACUUAUUCUGUAAAUAUGAGUUUUCUAGCUGACCUUUCUGACUGCCUUCCUCUCUGCUGUACAGAAACACCAAACCGCCAUCGUGCAAAUGUUGAUGUCAAUUUGUGAUAAGAGAAUCUUUCUGUUGUUGCACUGGGUCUGGCAUUGAUGUGUAUUGUAAUGCUUGCAGACUGAUUUGAUGCACUUGUUGCCUGAUAUUUUGUUUCUCAGUGUUCACCUGUGUGUUGGGUUAGGUGACAGGACACAGAUUUACAGCACUGACUCUGAGCUGACAGCUGGAACCACAGUUUAAACAGAAAACGGGCAAACUCCCAGUUACCCACAAAAACAACCACAACAACAAAAAAAGUGCUUUGUUUUUUGCUGUUGGCAACUUUUCGGUUAAAGAUUUUAACAAGUACUGUUUAUCUAAAGUACAAACUAACAGAUCCCAUUGUUUGAUGUAAAAAUUACCAAAAAAGUGAUUUUGUAGUUCAGAAAGAAGAGCAAUGAGUAUAAAAUCCAGUGUUAGCUGCCUGUGUAGCUUUCACAUGCUUAUCUCACAGAAACAUGUGAAAUUUGUUGCCUGAAUCACAUUAAAUGGAGACUGAAGUAAAAAAAUUCAACCAAACAUCCAGAAAUCAUCUUUGAUCAGUCUUUUGGUCUCCCUCUUCUGACUACCGGCAUGGUCACACUGACAGCCUGAAAGCUGCAUUUCCUGAAAUGUCCAGCAGGCAGCAGUGAGUCAGUACCCACAGACUUGCAUGUUAAAACUUUACAGCAGAAAUAAACAUGUUUACAGCCUGAUACGCAAACUGUUUGUCUCUGUAGAUAUUUCCCCCUUCAUUACACCUGUAUGUGGGGAAAAUGUUUUCAUAACUUACCUGCUUAAACUGUAUUAAACAGGUGAGUUAUAGAGUGUAUAAUUAGGGGUGUGGCCUCUCUCACUGACAUGCAAAUGGCAACACACAUGUAUACUAGGUUUCACCUCAGCUAACUGGAGUCCCUGAUCUGGACCUCUGGACCGUGUUUGUGCUGUUGGAGCCUUUUGGAGCAUUUUUAAUGACAUCAUGUGACGAAUAACAGGGCUUCUAUGAGGUUACUGUACUAACAGACGGUCCAGGAAGGUGGAGCUCCAGUUCUGGUGAAAUUCUAGGAUUUUAUUUGGAAUGUUCUGAGAACUACUUAACAGGUAUCCGUGUCUGUGUAAUGCUCCUCUACAGUCUGUGGAUGCAGACUUAUCAUUAGUUGAUAACUUAGAACCAACAUAGUGACGAAAUACAAUCACUCCUGGAACCAAAAAAAACAACAUGACAGCAGCUAAAAUGCUAACAUGAUAUGUCAGUCCACUGAUGGAUGAUCUCAUACUUUCAUGACAGUCUUUGGGUUUUCUUGUAUCGUCACAUCAGUAACAUCAAAGCUCACAUGUGCUGUCAAUACAGUUGCAACAUCUUUAAGGUUUUAAAAAAUUAUUUUCACAUGUUUCUGUGAGGUCAAGUUGGAUUAAGUUUAUUUCUCAAAAACGCUGAAUCAAUAAGAAAAAAGGGAGAAUAAGAAAACAUUUCCUGUCUUCUGGAAUAUUUUUUAGAGCACUCCAGAUUUUUUUAUUUGUCUGUCUCUAUCAAUAAUAAUUUAUUGUUAUUAUCUACUUCAAAAACCUUCAUGAUGUCACACUGUGUGGUUUUAAAGGUUUAAAAAGGGUUUAGGGUUCAUUUCAUUAAUGAGUUCUUAGGUUCAGAGUGGUGUUGCUGUCUGCUGGGACCCUGAUGAAUGUUGAAUAUCUGCUUGUAGAUUUUGGUAUAAAAAAAAAGUUCUUUGAAUCUAUGUGACUCAUCAUGAUGUGCCGUACACACCAAGUCUUAAAGCCUCAUCAUUGCAGAGGUGAAAGACCAUCGGUUUGUUCCCGUUUUGAUACAAAGAAAACAAUUUUCUUACGAAACAAACUGAAACCUCUCAUCUUUCUUCGGGGAAAAAUUUCUCUCUCUGGCUGAAUUUUAAGGAUGUGUUGACAUGUUGGAUUUUUCAUUUCUACGCCAUGUAUGGAAUAAAAAAAAAUAUAAGAGCACAGAAGACCACAUUUUUUUCUUGCUCCUCCAGCAGUAAAGAGCAGCUGGUUUCGGGUUCUUACUGUCAAAGCUUGACUUGUUUGACUCGUCAGAAUGAGGAUCCAAAUGGCCAGCCCUGCUAGCAGCACCUUUACAACUUCACUCAUCCAUGUCUGCUCGAGUUUAAUGUGACUUAUGCAAGUGACUUCUCUAUGCUUUCCUUUGUUUUGUAAGGACAACCUGUGCUUUGUAUUUAGAGUGCAGGGGACGGGCUGAGGGGGAAAGGAUGAACAUAUUUUUGAGGAAUUUAUUAUUAUAAGUGUUAAUAGUGCACAUGUGUUGUAAUUGUUUGUGUAAUUUCUUAUUUUUUAAAUUAUUUCCAUGAGAGUUUGUAGUGUUGUAUGUUCAAUUAACAUCCCAUGAUAUUUUUCUAAAGUCGUUAGAACAUGCAUGCAUUUGGAGCAGAGAUGAAGUGAUAAAAGAAAGUGUAAAAAUUAGAGACAUUUAUGACAACUAUCACUUUUGUUUGUUACAGCUUGUGUUCAUUGAAGAUAAUAUCUAAAAGAAAAAGAAGCUCAUGGUUUUAGUCCGGUGCCGUGUCUGAGUAAACAGAAUAAAAACAUUG